AUGGAGACGUUUUUCAAUGGGAAGGUCAAGAUCUGGUUCCAGAACCGGCGCAGCAAAUACAAGAAGAUGAUGAAGGCCGCCCAAGUGGGCGCGCCGCCGCCCAGCCUCGGCCUUCCGCCCGGGAGCCCGCCCAGCAAUAACCAGCUUUUACACGGUGGCGGCGGCAGCUCCAGCGGUUCCCAACACUCCCCCUCGGCGUACCAGUCGGGGGGUCCCACGCAAGCCCACUCGCCCACGCCCAGCUCUACCCCCGUCUCGGAGUUGUCCCCUGGGCUGUCCCCCACAGGGACGCCGUGGGACGUCAAGCAACCCCCGCAGCCAGCUUGGGACGUAAAGGUCGGAUAUCCGACGGCAGGCCGGUCGCCGGACGGCACGUCUUGUGACGUCAAACCGCCGCACCAGCAGUCGUGGGACCCGCGGGUCGGUUACGAAGGUAUGUACCGAUCGGAGGAUGCUGAGUCGGAAGAGGGCUUCGCCAGGGGGCGCCCUAUGCCUUGGAUGUUGAAGGGCGCGCCACCCGGCCCGUGGGACAUGAAAGGCGCGCACGCGCACGCCCUCCACCACCAGGCGGCGCCACAGCCGCACCCGCCGUACGUGCCGCAGUACUCCUGGUACCAGGCCGACAACCCCGGCUUGCUAACGCUGCGGUCUUCCUGCGGUCAAAUGUCCUGGCCCAUCCAGCAUUCAGAGAGGAGGUGAAACACGGAGAAAUUUAGGGUCUGGCCAGCAGUUUAACAGCCAUGGAAGAAGAAAAAAACUAACACUAAUUUCGAAUUAUAUGUAAAUGUCACUUUAAAAUACGAAUCACAAAAUGGCGGCCAAAACAAAAUGGCGUUGCCCCCGUUUUGCGUAAUAUCGGCACAACCAACAUUAAUUUUAAGAAAUUAUUUAAUAGAAAUAUGAAAUGAAGCAUUGUAAAUUUUUUAUAAUUAAAUAUAGUUUAGGUAGUAUUAAAAAACGGUAUAUGUAAAUGUUAUGUAUUGGGAGGUGGAAGGAAGGACAGAGCGACUGUUUGACACCUAUCAACAACCAAUCCUGUGAGUACAUUUCUAAAAAUCUUUUGAUUAGAUUUGUUUUGUUUUAUCGCAAUUUUAAUUUGUAUGGUAUAUUUUUAUUUUGUAAAAAUUUGGUGUUAUAAAAACGGCGGUCAGUUUUUUAGGUUACACAUAACAUAACAAGGCUUAUAAUUUAUUAUUACAACUUGAAUGCAAUUAAUUGUUAUUAAUUCAAUGGUUGUUCAUAGCCUUUGCAUCAUAAAUUACACUGUCUUAAAAAAGUGUCAAAACUUAAAAAAUCACAAAUUGAAGUUAGGACUUUAAAAAAGUUUAAAUACCACCAUAUUAUUUGAUUUCAUCAAGUUGUUCAUAACUAAUUUGUAAAAUUUAAAAGCUUUACAAAAUCAUGUCAUAUAAUAAAUUUGUGAAGCCUUUUCAAAACUAGCAAAAUUAAGUUUCUUAUUCUUUGAAAAUUAAAUAAAUUAAGCUUUAACUAAAUUUUUUAUUUAUUUAGAAUAAUUUCAUUAAAAAUAUAUCAAAACGGGAAAUCAAACCAGUCUGUUGUGAUAAAUAAUUUAAGUUUUUAGAACAAUAAUAACUAUUGUUUAAACUAAAAAAUAUUGUAUUUAUUUUUAUUUUUGUGCAAAAAUUGUGUUCUGAAUGCAAAACUAGCUAUAUUUUUAUCCUAAUGCAAUCUGUUUAUUACUUGUAAAUAUACUAAAAAUCUAUCCAUAAUAGUAUUUUUUAAAUAAAUAAAAAAUGUCUGGAACUGAAAAACGCAUUGGUAACAGUUGAUUUUUUAAUUGUUCUUAUGUAUAUUUUGUUUAAAAAAAACAUACCUACACAAAAAUGUUUUUAAAUUGAUUUUUUAAUUUAUUUUAUGGAUAGACUAAAGUAUAUAGAAUUUAAUUUCUAGAAUGGGACUUUACGGGAUGAAUUACAUUUGUAAAUAUUUUUGUAAUAUAUAGGAAAAUGAAGUAUACAUAUAGAUAUAGGUAGAUAGCAUAAUUACUUUACUACAAUGUAUUAUAAGGAAAGC